AUGCAAAAGUUAGCCAAACUACAACGUCAGCAGAACUAAAUGAGAAAGCAUAGAAAACUAACAGUAGGUCCAACGCUAAUUGCAUUUGCCAACAAGUGUCUGACACGAGAAGGUCGCUUCUGAGCGGAGCGCAAAAUUUUACAAAUCGCAACUGGAACUAAAACUGAGAGCUUCUAACCGAACCGAACUAAUACUGCAACAGCUUGGAAUUAUAAAUAUUCUAUAAUUCUAGUUAGGAAUGUAUUAGUGCCAAGUGCAGUGGGAGAGCAAUAUAAGUAUGCUUAGAGGCGAAACAAAACCCAACAACUACGUAUAUGAGUAAAUCAACCAAUAACCAAGAAAACAGCUAAGUGAAUAAACUUAUUAUUAUAAAAAAAUUUAUUGCUUCACUGCUGUGCGGUAAUACUUGAGUGCAUUGUGUAAGUGCAGAUCGCGUGUGAGCACCGGCGCAUACAGCAGUGUGCUACGAAUUAGUUAUGGCAAAGCGAGCGAAUGUUUUGUGGUUCCGCCAUGGGCUGCGAUUGCAUGACAAUCCGGCUCUAUUGGAGGCCAUUUCGGACAAGGCAGAGGGAGUUGCAUUGAUACCGCUUUUCAUUUUUGAUGGCGAGAGUGCAGGCACCAAAACGGUUGGCUACAAUCGUAUGCGCUUCUUGCUGAAAUCCUUGGCUGAUAUCAAUAAUCAACUACAAGCCGUGCACAGCUCCGCAGGUGGUUUGGGUAAACUGUAUCUAUUCCAAGGCAAUCCUACAGCCAUAUUUCGACGUUUGAAUGAUCAUUGUCAGCUGAAUAAAAUUUGUUUCGAACAAGAUUGUGAACCAAUCUGGAAUAGACGCGAUGACUCGGUGCGCGCUUUGUGUAAUGAAUUGGGUAUUGAGGCAGUGGAAAAGGUCUCGCAUACGCUUUGGGACCCUCGUACUGUCAUAAGCACGAAUGGUGGAAUCCCACCACUGACUUACCAGAUGUUUUUGCACACCGUAGAAAUAAUUGGUUUACCACCGCGUCCAGUGGAGGAUCCUGACUGGAAUGGAGUAGAGCUUUUACAACUACCUGAGAGCAUAUUAAUGGAGUUGAAUGCUUUUACACAGUUCCCCACACCGGAGGACAUGAACGUAUUUCCAGAGAAUGUUAGCUACGUGGCAAAAGUAAAAUGGCGCGGCGGCGAGCAACAAGCCUUGCUGCAUCUCACCGAGCGUCUUAAUGUCGAGGAGCACGCUUUCAAACACGGUUACUAUCUCCCAAAUCAAGCGCAUCCAAACAUAGUCGAAUCUCCGAAAUCAAUGAGCGCUCAUUUACGUUUCGGCUGCUUGUCAGUACGUCGUUUCUACUGGAGUGUACACGAUCUCUUUAAGAAUGUACAACUAGAGGCAUAUCAUCAAGGUAUACACAUGACUGGCGGUGAGCACAUCACUGGGCAGCUCAUUUGGCGUGAAUACUUUUAUACUAUGUCUGUAAAUAAUCCCUAUUACGAUCGCAUGGAGGGCAAUGAGAUCUGCUUGAACAUUCCAUGGGCAAAACCAGCUGCUGAUCAGCUGGAAAGUUGGCGUAGUGGCCACACGGGUUUUCCAUUGAUCGAUGCCGCGAUGCGUCAAUUGUUGGCCGAAGGUUGGUUACACCAUACACUUCGCAAUACGGUGGCAACCUUCCUGACACGCGGUGCACUCUGGCAAAAUUGGGAACAUGGCUUGCGACACUUUCUCAAAUACCUAUUAGAUGCUGAUUGGUCAGUGUGUGCCGGCAAUUGGAUGUGGGUCUCAUCGUCGGCAUUUGAGCGGCUGUUGGACUCCUCGCGGGUCUCUUGUCCCAUAGCUUUUUCGAAGCGUCUUGAUCCAAAGGGCGAAUACAUAAGACAGUAUGUGCCUGAAUUGGCGGGGGUGCCGCAAGAGUAUAUCCACGAACCUUGGCGCAUGCCGCAGGAACUCCAGGAGCGCUACGAAUGUCUAAUUGGUGUGCACUAUCCCGAACGCAUUGUCGACUUGGCCAAAAUGUCUAAGCGUAACACACUCGCUAUGCAAGCACUGAGGCACUCAUUGAUCGCCGAUGGCGCACCGGAUGAAGGACCACCCCACUGUCGUCCAUCCAACGAGGAGGAAGUGCGCCAGUUUUUUUGGCUGGUCGAUUAAAAAGCGAAAGUCUUAUCUUUCUUAACUCAUCUUAUCUUACCGAAUUUGUGUAUAAAGUUGAAAUUACUGGCUUUUUAAAUGUAUUUCACAUUAUAUCUGGAAUACUAUAUUACUUUAUUUACUAUGGAUAUAUACACAAAUAUAUCAGUAGCAUAUUACGUCCCCUUAGUAUUAAAAUAGCCUAUAAAUUUUUUCAUGUUUUGAGAAAAUGAAUUUCAAACUUUUUGUCGAAAGUAGCUCUCACUCAAAUCUCGUUAUGUCUGUAAAUAUUUAUUAUUUUUUGACUGACGUUUUGACCCACUUUUUGGAACUAGAAUUUGACAAAAUUUUGACCACAUAUAAAAUCGACGAUGGAGAAUCCAAAAAUUCAAAAAAAAAAUAAUAGCCUAUGAGCACAUAGGCUAUUGUUAUACUAAGGGGACGAUUAGUCAACAAA